AAAAAGAAAACGUGGUAUCAAUCCUCUUGUCUUUUCUUUUCUUGCUGCAGGUCACAAUCAUUCCGGCAAGGGCCAUUGAAUGCAAGUAGCCGAAGUCAGUCGCAUACCUAUGUGAAUUCCAGCAUUUCAGCCAAUCCCUUACUCCCAAUUGAUACCGCAGCCUGGGAUUAUCGCAAUCAAUGCACCGACUCGAUGACGCCUUCUCUGACGAAGAGGGCAGCGGAUACCUUGGAUCGCCGACACGACAAUCCUACCGACCGCAAGCAUUCUCAAGUCACAGUAGCCCAGGCGGAGAUCUAUCAGACGAAGAAUUAUGCCUCGGAAUCGCCAACCUCGGCGGAACAAUUACACCACUCGGCAGCGGGUGUGCCGUCGGACCAUCAAAUGAAUGCGAAUCGCUCUGCUUCGCCACAGGGUCCGCAAUCAUGGACUUCACCCCAACACAGCAACAACACCACUCAGCAUCUAACACACCAACAGCAGCGCGGCCACGAUCAGGCUCGUGUGCAUCAAAGCGAUCACAAUUUAGGUCUGAGCCACUUGUCCCACUUGUACAGCAGCAACACCCCUCGUCGAGUCUCAGUGGCAUCGCAGGCGUUUGUGCCUGUUACGCCCCCGCCGCUGCAGCACAGCAGCAAUGUCAACACCAUCACCACCAGCAACAACACCAACAACUACCUACGCUCUAUCACCACCAAUACGGUGGGUCUCUCAGUGGAUCUCAGCAGCUCUAUGGAAUUGGAUCAGGAGGAGGUGGAGGCCCUGGAGCAGCAGGAGCUGGAAUUGCAGCAGGACUUGCACAUGGUGGACCAGCAGCACCAGGUGGAAUUGCUGGAAUCGGAUUUGCCCGAGGAGGAAGUGGAUUCGGACUUGACACAAUCUACCAUCAAUCGGGAGAGUAUGCAUACGGCAGUAUCGGCAGUGGGCCCGGCCUCAUCGGCGGUGGUGGCAACAAUAAUUGCCCCUCCUCCGCCGCAUCGGUUACCGGAGUCCCCAUCUCACACAACAGCGGCGGCGGCAGCAUCGGCCACCCCAAUUCAUUAUAGCAGUACCAAUUAUUCGAUGUCUAAACAGUGCAUGUUAAAUAAUAACGCAACCUCGACGGAAACCGAAACAGACAACAUUAUCUAUUCGGAUAUACACGACCUGCAUCCGUAUAAAUAUCCCGACUUCCAAAAAUCCACCUCGAGUGUUAAGCUCGAGAAUAAAUUGACAAAUAGUGAGACGGUAAAUCUGAAUGAUCGCAAUGACAUCUAUGCAACGGUAAAUCGUAAAACAAAGGCGAAGACACGCGAAAAACAUUUCUCCGAUGAGUUUAUCGAUGAGAGUAUCCUGCAGUAUACCCGCUCGAAGCAAUUGGGUAUGGCUGCGGAUAUUCGCAUGCCGGUUAGUUGUAAUACCUUGACAGAACAUGAUCUCAAUGAGAGGGGGGAUACAUUUGGCGGGGUGCCUCCUCUGCUACAGUAUCAGCAACCACAAUAUCACAAUGAUUUAAAUCAUCCUUCGGAUUCGUCCUCCUCGUAUUUUGGUACCGGGUUCAAUACCAAGCGUUAUGCUAACACCCUAAAUACGGAGAGGGUUAAAUUGGCAUUUUCGGAAAAUUAUCUAAAUCCCUCGAUGGAUUCACAAAGUUCGACCUCAGUUAAUAACAUGCCUAGACAUACCCAUUCCUUGCCUAGAAAUUCCGAACUGUCCGGCGUAGAUUCUGUAGAUAGUUAUGAUAGUCACUAUGUGACCCAUCAUUCGGUGGGCCAUUUGCCCUUGGAUCGCUUUAAAACCUCCUCGGAAAAAUUGGAAUAUCAAAUGUCCUCUUCGAAUUUAUAUUCCACAGCUUCGUAUAACAAGACCCCUCCACCAGGGGUGGGCUACUCCAGUGAAAGUCGUGACGAGGAGGAUGACGAAGACGACGAUGAUGAUGACGACGAUGAGGAUGAUGUCGAAGAGUUACGCCGCCGGGUUAUGGUGGAGAACAUAUACGACCAAGUGGAAAAGGAAUCCUGGUUGAAAAGUUCUUCUUGCAAAGAUCUUUACGAUUUCUCCCACUACGACAGGGAACAAUCGAAACCGAUGACCGCUUUUGAUAAGGAAUUCUUUUCAUUUAAUCGUAUUGAUUCUCCGGUCACGCGUUACGACGACUCACGUCACUCGCUGUAUUUCACCAAGAAUCAUAGCAUCGAUGCCACCCAAGAUUUCUCACCCCUAGCCCAUUCCAAAGUGUAUUCCUCUAGUUAUCCCGGCACCACCUAUAAUUCCCAGGUACAUCAUAGUCAUCGGGCCGGCCAUCGUCAUGGUUAUGGCCAUCACGUGGACUACUGUGGGUCUCAAGAUGAUAUUUCUCAGGACAGUUAUGAGCUAUUGGAAAAAUAUGAUAUUGAUUUCUUUAGUGGUCGUCGUCGUUCCGAAGAUCAUAUGCGUUCGUGUUCGCUGGAUUCGGGUAAUUAUAUACCCACCGAUGAUGAAUCGGUAUCGGAACAUCAUAAAUAUCGUUCGGCCAUGGAUGUGAAAUGUAAAUCGGCUGCGGAGUUGAUGAAUGAAAUAUGGGAUAUGGAGGAUCCCAGGUAUCUACCACGUGAAAAAUUAUCGGUAAAAUCGGAUGGUAAUUUUUACAAGAAAAUCAAAGGAAAUUUAUCGAGGACCUCUAGCCAGGAGUCACGUUCCGAUAUCUAUGAAACCAAAAUCUCAAGGAGUUCCGAUUCAAGUAAAAAAUCCAGGGACAGUUUGUACCACACGGAUAGCAAAAAAUCCAGAGAGACCACAAAAUCAAAGAACUCCGAGGUCUCCAGUCAGGAUUCCAAAGAAUCGCUGAUUGGUGAUUAUUUGGGUAAGAACUAUGAAAUGCCCACCACCACGGGUAAGGGUUACAAGCAUCUAAGUAAAAAAGAGAAAUUCGAAAAGUUUCUGCAAUCCAGCCAGGAAUCAAAAUCUGAUUAUUAUGAUGCUGUGGAAACGGUGGAACCAGCGGCUGAUGGUUUGAGUGUAAGACCCAAGGUGAAAUCUCACGAUUGUUUACUCUCCGAUACCCAGGGAUCCUCGGUGAAUAGUUCAUUUUAUGAUAGCCGUGAUACCUACUCCACUUUCCCCAGUAACAAAUCUGCCAAGACCUCUAAGGUCCAUUCGAUCAGCUUGCAAAAUGUCGAAAUUGAGCGCAAUGCCAAAUCCUUUGGUAGUAAAUCUCCCGACUCGGCCAAUACCCCCAAGCGAAAGGAGGAAAAAGAAAUACAAACCAAUGAUUCGAUUGACCAGACAGCACCAUUUAAGAAAUCCGAUUCUCAGUCUUGUAAAAUGUCAGCCUUUCGCCGUAGAUCGGAUAGUGAGAAUAUUUUUAGCUUCGAUCGUGAUCGUAUUGAGUGUAUUCAGAAUUAUGGUAAACAAUGGGAGUCACCGGGUAAGGAGGAGAAAACCAAGCAGAGUCCAGAAUAUCCCCUCACACCAGAAUUGGUAUCGGAGUUUGAGAAGCAACAGGCCAGGAUAAUGAAUCAGAAAAUCACACGCAAAGAGGAGUUGAUGGCCAAGACUCAUUUCGAGGAAUAUAAUCCGAUUAUGGUACCCUUGAACUAUGCCCAUGCCACAGUGGAGAGAACCAAAAGUGACCCGAACUCUUUGGCGAAUCGUAAUCGUUUGGGUAGCAAUUCGCGACGACAUGUCCUGAUGCAUCAAAAAUCCAUUGAUUUGACCCCAGCCGACUCCAGUGAUGAGGAUUAUAUUUACAAACAAAUACCCAGUGCCCCGCCUCUCUGCAAGGCCCAUGGUAACUUUGAAAUACCCAAAUGCUACGAUUCUCCCCUGAAAUCUGCAGAUAUACCCAAAAUGGGCUUUGAAAUGCCCAAGUCCUUUUUCCGGGAAUAUGAACGACGUUUCACAAAGGUCCUUAAGGAAGAUAUUCCCUAUGUCCUGCACAAGAGGCAUAUUAUGAAUGGCACAGCCCCCUCACCGGUGGAAAAGAAAUACAGCAAGCCGAAGUCUCCCAAAUCGCCGAAGUCACCAAAAUCUCCUAAAUCACCAAAGUCCCCGAAGUCUCCCAAAGCCAGCGAUGUGGCUAAGGGGUUGUUACAACCUGACACAGAUUUUUUGCCGGAUAUAUUGGAUAGCCUAUUGCCGGCCGAGACCAAGGAGUUUCUUUUUACCCAAAACAUUGAUCUCUCUAAGGUGGAUCCGAUUACUCUCGAAGUGGACAAGACCAUACCCAUUAUACAGCUGUCCUCACCCACCAAGCGGGGUGGAGAUAUUACCCAACAAAUUGAACCUUCAUUGCUGGAGAAGCUGAACAAGAAACUAAGCCAAAUCGAAAGUGAUUCGGCGACCAGUUCGAGGACCGAGUCCUUGCAACAACAAAAAAAUAAAUUGGAACAAAAACAAAUUGAGUUGAUACAAAGUUUGAGGGCGGAAUUGGCCGCCAAUGCCAGGAAGACUUUGAAAGCUCGAGUCAUACCCAAAACCAAGGUUACAGGGAAACCCAAGAAGGCCAAGACAAGGAUAACCUCAUUUUCCUCAGAUGAUGAAAGUUUGGAUUCAGAUGAUGUGUUCGGUUCGGCGGAGGCCAUACCAGAUCGUUUGGAAUUUUCCCCGCCACAGUCGAGAAAGGAAAUUGAACCGAUUUUGAGAAUCGAACAAAGCCGUCUCAUUUCCGCUGCCUGGGGUAGGGGCCAGACAAUGAGUUCUACGGAAAUUGAGGGUUCUCCACCCCAAUGUCGACGCUUGGCAGAGCUGGAAAGUCGUUAUCAUACACAAAAGUUAGAUCCCCACUAUGCCAAUGCCAGUGAGUUGAGGAGGAUCUCAGAACGUUCCAUAUCCAUACCAUCCUCGGAAGAUGAGCCACCUCAUGUACCAUAUCGCUCACGCAUGGAUGAGUGCACCAACGACUAUCAACGUAAUGAGAAUAUACCCUCUCCCAUCCUGGAACACACUGAGUUCUUUAGGAGCAACGAUGAUAUCUAUGAGACAUGUCAUGAGGAAAGAAUAACAGAAAUGGGUAUCGAUUAUACGUUGAAAAAGAAGACCUCCACUUCGGGAACGGUAAUUCGAGUGGAUAAGACCAAAUCCGCCAAGGUGAAAUUAUUGGAUGAGGUCAUUGACUCCUCAAUGGUUAUGCGUUCGAAGGGUCAUGCUCCCAUAUUGUUUGCCCAUGCCAGGCUUAACCUUUCCGAAGGUUCGGCAGUCUCACUGCAAAGACAAAAAUCCGCCUUGGAGUCACCAACCACGGAGAGGAGGACCAAGAGUUUAGAUACCCCGGUGAUAUCGCUACAUCGUUUACCACACAUGAAUGCCUUCUCCUCCAAAGAUGACACCGUGGGCUUUGAGGAGGAGGCUGAAAUAUUGGAAGAAAAGUCUUUGGAACAGGCCAAAUCGGCUCAGGAUGAGGAUACGGCGGAUAGUGUACACUCUUGUGCUGGGUCUAUACCCACCCAAACUUCGUAUGCCUCAGUGGGCAAGGAUUCGCUACUUAGUGCAGUGACCAUAGACGAUGAGGAGAUACAACUCCUGGAUCAAUUGAAAUAUAUUGAAAAAAUUGCCCUGCAGGGUGUGAAAAUUAAAGAUAAAAAGAAAUCCAAAAUGAAACUGAAGAGUGGAGAUCAUUUGAUCUUAAAUAUACCGAAAUAUAGAUUCACCGAUUGGUCACCAUAUAGCUCAGCAAAUAGUUCCAGGAAAACUUCGCCGGGGGUUUCGCGGGCCAGCAGCAUUGAGAGUACGGGUAAGGGGAAAUUGAAACUCAGUAUGGGUGAGGUAAGUGGUCGGAAGGCGGCGGGAGGUUCCAGAUCGAGGCCUGAGUCACGGCGCACAAGUGCUGAUGAUAUCAAAAAGGAGGGUGCAAAGGGUAAGAAAACCAGUCCCAAGGAGCGGCCCAGGAGCAUUGAAACCCGCCGCUUGAGUAAGGAUAAAAGUAAGAGCCAAGAGGAGACCGAGGCCGAUGUGGCCAAACGCAAGGAGCGACAACAAAAGCUCUACGAAUCGGCCAUGAAACAAACCAUUACCAUGUUGAGUCCCGUCAAGGACACCUUGCCACCUUUCCCGGCGCCAGAAGAUAAAAUCUCCGUAAAAACGGAAGGAGAUAAAAUCAUCAUUGAAACAGAAUUUAAAAGCAAAGCAGAGGACCAUGUUCUCAUUGCAAAGUCACCCAGAAAAUUGGACACCUCUCUCACCAAAUUUAGUCGCAGUUUUGAUGAGGGUCGCAGUCCCGAUAAGUUAGAUAAAGCCAGUCGUAGUUUUGAGGAUCGCAACAAGUCCUUUGAGAAUUCCGAAAUGUCUGAUGUACCCGAUGAUAUGGUCAUUAAGUCCCCCAAAAAGAUAGCCAAGAGUCAGGAGAUGAAACAGAAGAUUGAAGGCCCCGUGGUGGUGAGUACGAAUAAAAUCGACAUCAAGUCAAGUAGUUUGGAAAAGCCACACAUUACCGAACCACAUUUGCUGGGUGCCGAGGUUAAGGCCCGCAGUUUGGAUGACAAGAAACCAGAGGUAAAGAAGGUGGAAGAGAAGGCACCACUACGCAGUGCAAUUGGAGAUCGCCGAAUGUUCGCCCAUCAAUAUAAUGUCCAAGAGGACAUAGAUAUGCAAGCUGUCAUCUCCGAACGUAGAUCGCUGGAAAUAUUAAAGCGAUCACUACCCUCGGAGGAUACCAGGGAUAGUGAUUGUACCUAUAGCCGUAAGGCUUCGACGGCAGAUAGUUUGGAUUCCUUCGUGUCGGCCGAUGACAGUCAUUCCCCGGCCAGUAAGUCACCCAUACCUCAUCAAGAGGGUGGCUAUCCACAUCGGGUGCCAACCAUUGAAUGUGAAGAGGCCUCCAUUGAGGAGGAUGAUAGUUCGAGACAUUUGAAGGUGUCGCGUAUGGACACCAAUCGCCUGAGUUUGGACCGCAGUCGUAGUGAUGAAACCGGUUCCUGGAUGACGGUGGAAUGUGAUGAAUUUGUGGGUUCAGAUACUUCGGAAAAUGAACCUCGAACAUUGGAGCCCGAUCGCAAUGUCCUCGAGACCCAGGCCACAUUGGAUGAUGCUGUACCCCUAGAGUAUUCCAAUUGUGCCACACCCACAUCGGAUUUAAAUAUUUUGGUAACACCACCCAAUACCAGUCCCAUGGCCGAGAAAAACAUCCUGGAAUCAUUUGAAAAACAACAGCAGCAACAGACGGAACAAACGGAAACGAAACGUAAACCUUUGCUCGAGAAACAAAGUGAUAAAUCGAAGAGUUCGGAUUCCUGGACUAGUGGGGAGAAGGAUGUAAGUCCGGCGAGAGGAGAAAAGGGUGAUUGGAGUCUGUCGGUUAGUGGUGGGCGGGAGAAAAGCUCCAUGGAAGAAGAAUCAAGUGUUAGCUGUUCCAUUGCCAGACCCUUGGGCAUAUCGCAGGAUUUUGGAGAUUUGGAUAACAAAAAAUGUCAGGAACUCAAGGAGAAAAUGUUGAAAUUGGAGGUGGAUGCCAAUGCAGGUGGAGGAACAGAUAUUAAAUUCCAUAGUCCCAGUUCCAGCAAAGAUGUUACACCCACCAAUGAAACGGCCCCGGAAAUCCCCAAGCCAAUGGGUAAGAAACCCACCACUCCCACUUUGGAGAAGCAGAGUCCCAUUGAUUUUGGUAAUAGCGUGGAAUCCUAUUUGGAUGCCCUGGAGGAAAAGGCCAAUAAGGAAAGUUCUCCAUCAACAAAAGAGGAACAGGAUGGCAAAGAACCACAUGAAAUGACAAGUGGAAAUGGAACUGGGGCUGUGGUGGUCAAAGAAAAGAAAUUACCCAAAAUUGAAAAACCUGCCAGGAAAUUGGCAGUCAAUAAAGCCGCUGAGGGUGCGGGAGAUAAAGCCAAAUCCGGUAGCAGCUCUCAGGAAUCCAAAUCCAGUUUUGAUUCCAAAGGUUCGUUGAGUGUCGAGUCACGAGGUUCUUUUGAAACGGAGAGCAGCUCCGGAUCUAUGGGUGCGGCCCAUCGCCGUGGUGAGUUACUGAUGAAGGAACAACAAUCCACCUGGAAACCAUUCCCCAUAGAAAGUUCGAAUAGCUCCAGUACCGAUGACCCAUGGCAUCACGUUGAAACCGAUGGUGGUUAUGAACGAUUUGAUACCAACAAUCCGCAAAGGGAUUCCUCCGAUAGUGAACUCAAAGAAGUUUCACCCGAUGAACAAAAGGAAAGUGAUACCAGUUUUCAGGAUGAACUCAAUGAUUUUCCCACAACAUUUGGUUAUCCGGCCAUGACCAGUUCGCUAAAUGGUAUUGGCGUGAAUCCCACAGACAUUAUUGGCUAUAGUUCAGGAUUUACUUUGGGGCGUACCCUGUCCAGGAUUUCCGAACGUAGCACCGCCUCUGAGAAGUCAAGUAUGGAUGAUGAUAAGGCCUCUACGCAUUCGAUGAGUAUUCACGAGGAAUCUAUUGGUUCGGCAACAGACCAUCAGGCCAGUCUUAGUUCGGAUUCGAGGAGUAAUACAAACUUAAAUUAUAUCUCCGAUACAGAUCGCAGAACCUCAGCAGAAAUGCCGGAUAUACCAUGUGAUUCGGCAACGGGAGAUCGUAGCAAUAGCAGUUUUAAUGAACCCAAAUCUCCCACACGGGUGACUGGUAGAUUUUCCGUGACUCAUGUCGAUGAACAGGGUGGGGAAGGAGAGGAUCGUCCUACACUUAUGUGUCUUUCCAAUGCUGGCAGCCAGGAUUCCGAAGAUUGGCCUUUGCCGGAAAUACCCUAUGACCAUGUGCCGGUGAAACCCAUCGACUCUCUAUAUGAAAUACCCGAUUUGGAUAAGCCGGUACCAAAAUCAUUCUGCUGGAAAGCUGGUAUGUCAUUUCCCUCAGAAGAUUCCCAGGAUUGGCCAACACCACCUUCCAGUGCCGCCGGGACCCCAGUCGUUGUGGAAGAUAUUGAAACCUAUUUCACUUCGGAGGCCCAAAAGGCGGAUCAAGUAAUGGUAGAGUCCUUUACCACCACAGAGCGUACCGAUGAUGAGGCAGAGGAUAAACUGUCUUUGGAAGAUUUCCCAAUAUCACCACCUGAAAUGGCCAAGGUUAUACCCUAUGAAGAUACCGCCUACCUAAUGUCCUCUGCCUUUGAGGAUAAAGAUUUUGGGGCAGAUGAUUAUCAGCACGAUACGGCGGCUGCAACAUGUUUGAGUUCGACCUUGAAUGCUGCAACCUGCCUAUCGAACUCCUUCAAUGUAUCAUGUUCCUCAUCCUCUCCCAAGGGACCAAGAUCUACAUCGUUGAGGAAAGAUUCGAGUGCGGAAACCGUUAUCAUGGCACAGCCCACAAGAUCCCCAGCACCCAGGUCACCCCUCUCCGAAGAGGAGGUAUUCUCCAAUGAUGAAGUAUUCAUGCCGGGCACAAUUAAGGUCCAAUUAUCGCCUGAUGAAACCAAGACCCAGGAAUACAUAAGGAAAUUAUCGAGAGGCUCCAAUAACUCCGACACCUCCAUAGAUGACAUAUUGUCUCCCACCACCGGCACCGUCAGACAUAAUUACGAACAUCGUCUCAGUUCGGGUAGCUGUCGUAAAUGUAGCCAUUCCAGUCACUCCGAGGAGGAUACCAGUUCCAUUGGCACAGAUUUGGAUGGUACCGUGCGCAUGGGCAUGCAAAAGAAAUGUACUCAUAGCUCUCAUUCGGAAGACACUUCCAUUGGAUUGAGUAUAUCCGAUUGGUCGACCGGCACCAAUACGGUAAGGCAAUAUGCCAAUCUUUCCGGCUCGGAUAGUCUUUCGGCAGUGUCGAAUUUAUCAUGUGCCAAAUCGGAAAAAUCCAAUCAAACUCGAUCGAGUCUAAGUUCCAUAAAUAAAUCGGCGGAAAGUUUGUGUGAUAAUGGCUCUUCGGAUGGACUGCGCUAUGAUAUGCUGUCCAGUUCGGAAACGGAUAAAAUGUCCGAUACCACAUCGGCUACCAAGAGUGAUGACACCACUCUCACUUUGACCGAAAUGGCCCAGACCAUGUCUGAGUGGUCUACCUCAAGUAGCCGAACACUGGUGGGACCAGCUCCGGGUGAUGUUAAUGAUCAAAUGAAUGGUCGCAGGGCCAGCUACAUUGACUACCAACCCUUGAAGUACCACAAGACCGGAAGUCGUGAGAAAAAUGAGGAUGAGAAGAGGGGAUCCCUACCCCAAAUCCAUCGACGAAGCAGCAGUAAUGGUCUGCAGCGUAUGAGUAAUGAAGAUUUGGCCCAAAAGCCUACCACCUCCGAUGAUAUGGCCGAGACCACAGCGGCCAGGAAACGACGUUCUCUGGAAAUGAUGUCGAAGCGUUAUCAAAGCCAGGAAUUAUGUUCGGAAAGUGAGUCAUUUGUUGAGCGGCUAUAUGCACCAAGUGAAAAGUUAACUGAACGCUAUCAAAGUCAGGAAUUUGUACCAUUACAUGGUACGCCGGGACAACCUCCUGCCACAGCUCCAAAACCGGUGAAAGGAAAAGCACCACAACCUCCUCAGGCGGGAGGCACAAAACCCAAGGCUCCACAACCACCACCCAAGCCAACAAAACCCAAAAUGUCAGUAACCCAACCUUUGAUGCAGGCCCUCCUCAGACAUAUGAAAGAGCCGGGAGUGGCUGAGGCUGCAGCGGCUCAGGCAGCAGCUGAGGAGGAAGCAGCCGCAGCUGAAAAACAAAAACAAGCUGAGGAGCUGAAAAAAGCCAAACCUCCACCACCACCCAUACCACCCCUGCCACCCAUUACCUCACCCACAGAUUUGCCCGAAACCGAAAUUGGGCCACCGGGUGAAAAACCCCUGGCCAAACAUCACAGUUACGACGACAAAACUCUGUCCAAAUCCCAAAUCAGGGAAUACAAAACCAACAAAGUCAGACAAUCGAAUUCGUUCCAUGAGCACAUGCUCACGCAGUCUCAACAAUCAUCGAUCGAAUCCAUGCCGGCCUCUCGUAUAGAUGAGGAAUUAAACUCAACUACCGGAGGAGGAGGAGGCGCAGCUACCUCCUCCUCAUUUACAUCGACAACGACAACCACCACCAUCAACAGUGGCAAUACAACGAGUAAUGAAACCAACACCACCACCUCCUCACCCAUGUUACCCUCUCGAGCGGAAAAACUCAUCAAAUGUUCUCCCUAUUAUUCGAGUAGCCUCAGCUCCGAAUCGCCACCCAAUCAGCUGAUACAAAAACCACCACGCAAAGGUUCAAUUUCACGCACGGCACCCAUCAUCAAGUCACCACCCAGUGGCAAUGAUACCGACAGCUCGGUAGAUGUUCGCACCCAAGAUCCGAAAUUACGAACACGAGGCUAUCGCAAAAAGCGGCAAAUCACCGCCAAGCGCGUACGAUCUUCUGAGAGAAAUCUCGUUGAACAGGAAAGUUCCGAAUGUUCAGAGGGCUAUAUGCCCGAAAUGGACUCUGGAGGUUCAGAUCCUUCCUAUCGACAUAGCGAAUACUAUGAAUUCGACGAAGAGCUGGAGGAACGUGAACAGGAAACAGAUGAAUAUGAUGAUUAUCCGCAAUAUUCGGGUGUGGCCUUUUCAUCAACAUCAUCGGCCUUCGAGAGUCUGGAUAUGACGGCGGAUAAUGUUGAUGAAAUGGGUUUUCCACGCUAUGAUCGGUUGAGUCACAUCACCAAUCCCAUAUAUCAGCAACAGUCGCAUCAGUUCCAACAAACGAGAAUCAGUAGACCAGCACCAGCCAACCAUCCCAUGCCACCACCCUCUGGGCAACCCAUUAAACCGGCUCGCACCAAAAAACGCCAACUGAAACGUGAAGAUUCGGUAAUGGGUUCCCAGUCCCAAUCCUCCGCCGCACCAUAUGGCUCCGGUUCAUCGGGGCAAUAUCAUGGCCGUUCCUAUUGUAAUCCGGAAGAGAGUGAAUUUGAAACGAAGGGUGGUCUAUCUGAUGAUAUGGCCAAUAGUAGUGAGGAUAGUAAUAAUAGUUUCUAUCACUGUACUGGUACCAUUAAACGUGGUACCACGUCCAGUGGUAGUGUACGUGAUCAGCGACGUAAGUCCAAAUCAAGUGAUCUCGAUUUGCCAUAUCCGGAUUUUCUAUCCGACUAUGAAACCGAACCCAUAGAAUAUGAACGUUUUGCCUGUGGCCUAGAUAUACGCGUAGAUCCACCACCGAAAUUCCAUGAUUCUGAUGAUUUGAGUGAUCAAUAA